CGCCUCUGUACAACAGCAUUCUCAACGCUGGGUUUAUUGCUUGGAUAUCGGCGGCCAAACCUCAUGCAACAUGACGUGCCGUUGAAGUACGUCUGUUCGCGAAGCUUUGGGUGAGACGCUUGCAGCAUUCGAGCGACGAUGUGUACCGGUACGUCCAAGGUCAAUGCGAUCCUGGCGCUGGGACUCUGUCUUGAAACCAGCGGAAUUCGACUGCAAUGGUAGAAGAGUCCAAGCGCGCAUCUUCGUCUGCACUGCCAACACUACUCAAGUGAAUGGACGGGUAUCAAACAUAUCCGGACGGAACCGGAGGCUUCAUUUCCAAUGCUGCGCCGUUGCUUGCUGCCAGUCCGCCGAUCGCUCAUGGCCAAGUCGAUGCACACCAAGACGCACGUCGUCGCCGUCGACAAAGCGAGCGACACGAUCACGUUCACGCCCAAGGCCCAGCACUCGGCGUCGCUCGUCUUCAUGCACGGGCUCGGCGACACGGCCUACGGCUGGGCCGACACGAUCCAAUUCAUGUCGGCGUCGCUUCCGCACGUCAAGUGCAUCCUGCCCACGGCGCCGACGCAGCCUGUGACGCUCAAUCACGGCAUGGCGUGCCCGUCAUGGUACGACAUCCAGUCCCUCACGAACCGCAAGGGCGACCCGUGCACUGGCAUCGAGGCCUCGCGCGACCGUAUUCUCGGGCUUAUCGAGAACGAAAUUGCCUCGGGCAUUGACGCGUCGCGUAUCGUCAUUGGCGGCUUCAGCCAGGGCGGGGCCAUGUCUCUCUUUACGGGUUACCAAAUGCCGCAUGCGCUCGCAGGCGUCCUUGUUCUCUCUGGCUACGUUCCCAAGUCGGAUACCUUUGCGGUGCCCGACGCCCUCAAGGACGUGCCGCUCCUCAUGUGCCACGGCGACAGCGUACGCCGACGAUGCGAGCGAGGUAUAUGUGUACAAGGUUGUCUGCAUUAGGAUAUGGUGGUGCAGCUGAGCUGGGCGGAGCUUUCGGUCGAGAAGGUCCAGAGCCAAGGCGUCAAGAACGUCGAGUUCGUCGUGUACGAGGACCUGGACCACGGCUCGUCCAUGGACGAAAUCAAGAAGGUCCAAGCGUGGCUCGCCAAGGUGCUGCCGACCGACGCCUAGACGCGCUUCCAUCCGCAAUAACAUGCUUGCUGUUGCGACCAAGGCCAGCCAUCUCGUUUCCUUGGAAAAUGCCGGGACCAACGUAUCGUGGGGCUGUUAGAGUUGUAGUAAUUACAUCAUGUACGUGGGUUGGUCGCCGU